AUGUCCGCCUCCAAGCUCCUCGCCCUCGCCGCCCUUCUCCUCGCCGCCUCGCCGGCCGUCGCCCGCACCGACAUCGCCGGCUGCACGUCCUCCGCGGCAGUCGCGACGGCCAGCAACGGCGGAGGCCUCUACGCGACCGUCAUCUGGUACGUCCCCGACACGGGCGAGCUGUGCGAGUUCCUCGACUGCGGCGGCGGCCGCGCGCCCCCGAAGACCACCGUCCCCGGGUGUCCCGCUUACGAGGGCACCGAGACCUACUCGCCCCAGUACCUCGACCUCAAGACCAGCGAGGAGGCUUCCGCUGCUACCCAGUUGGCGCAGGCGUCUGGGACGGCGGCUGAGGACGACACGGCUACCAUCACUGAGGCGCCCAGCACCACCAAGGCCGCCGGGACCAAGGACAAGACCACGCUGAGCACGAGCGUCGUAGAGUCGGACGGUGAGCAGACCACGGCGUCUGCCGCUCCCGAGUCUUCCUCCGCUGCGUCGGCCUCCGGUUCCAGCUCCGCCGAGACGACUCCUGCCAACGUCUCGUCUACCGCCGGUGCCGCCUCCAUGCCCACCGCCGGCGCCAUCAUGGGCCUCAUGGCCGGUGCUGCUGUCUACGUCGGGAUGCUGUAG